GGCAUUCACUCGGACAGCACUCUUUUGGUCCUCUCAAGUUGCACAACAUGGCGUCUCAGUUGGCGGUAAAUUCAGCUGCCAGUCUUUGGGGACCCUAUAAAGAACUUUGGGACACAGUGAACAAUGCCAUCUACAGAAGACAACCAGAAGCUGUACACCUGCUAGAUAUGAGCUUGAAGAAACACAAACCAGAUUUUAUUUCCCUCUUCAAGAAUCCACCAAAGAGUAAUGAACAGCGUGACAAGGUGAAAAAAGCAAGUACAGAUGGCAUUGCUAUUCAGGGUCAACAAGGUCUACGGCAUCUUCCUGAGCAGCUACUUACAGAGGCAUUAUCUUGAGUGAUCUGUUCAGCAUCUCUGAAUUGGCUGCAUUAGAACUUCUCCUG